GAAAACUGAUCAAUUUUCUUUUCUUUUCCUCUAAAGCUCCUAAAGUCACUAUUGCAAUGAGCUGCGUUCAGUGGGAAGAACAAACUGCUGAGCAGAUACUAAGGGUACACCGUGCCUUAGGAGCCAUGAUGCCUCUAAAGACGCUUUGGAUGGGUUCCAGUGUAAAACUGUUGGACUUUGAAGAGGAAAUGAUACCAAAUUUUACUGAUAAGGUUGUAGCUGAGAAAGAGGCAAUUCCAGGGUUGGUGUUGUACCACAAACAACUAAAGAUCCUGAUGAUCCGAUGCAAGGAAGGUUGGGUUGGAGUCAAAACUAUUAUACAUAAAAAGAAGUUGACAGCAACCGACUUCUACAACGGCUACCUACAUUCUUGGUCACAGAACAAUUCUCUAAUGGUUCUCAAGAACUGCCGGUUCCAAACACUCAAGGUGACCACAGCCAAAAAAGAAGCCAAAAAGUUCAUCAAAUGUUCAGAUAAUAAUUGCGAUACAAUUUCCAGUAAUGUGUGAAAACAAUAAUUCUGUAUGAAAAGCCAAAUUGGAAGCGUUCUCAGCUUGUCCCAGAAUUGAUCGAUGGAAAACAGUGAUGGGAGAAAAUGAACAAUGACAAAGACAGCGCUAUGCGGUUGAUAUUGUGCAGUGGAUAACACAAAGGACUAGUAAACCUGGAGAGUGUGUUUAUUCUUUCUGUUCAAAGCUUCAAAGCACUCUCAGCCUUGCAAGUCUGAUUUUUCAGGAGCCGUACUUUCUGCUCCUGGAUCCAUCUUUUUCCAACUUAAAAAUACAGUGGAGCAAGAUGAACUAAGUUAAGGACGCACGUGUUGUAUGAUUAAACAAUAAAUGAUUUUUGUACAUGUUUGUGUAGGCGUGUCACACAAAUCGUUGCAAUGGCUUGAUAUUUUAGAAUGCUGACUUGUAUAAUAUAAACGGUACCGUGUACAAAUACAUCCUUACCGCUCUUCAGAAUCCAGAAUCAUCAAGGUGAAAAUCCAAAAAUUCCCGAUAUGUAAACUUUAUUGGAGAAAAGCUAAGAAGAAUUGUAAUUCAAUGAGGAUAGACAAGAGUAAGCGCACACAGCUGUACACAGAAGUGUUAUUCAGCCCUCACCAGCAUCUCCUUUUGCAACUUUUUCCUGCCCUAUCUAAUGGACUGCCCUUAGUUGCAACGUUUUUUGCAAAAGGCAGAGUUACUAUUACAUUGCUUUUCACUUACACCCAUAGCCACUGUUGCAAUGAACCCCAUCCAGUGAGAAAGGCAAACUCCUGAAUGACUGGUCCUGUGCCUUCAAUAACCCUCGUAUAAUUAGAUCUCAUUUCCCACCCUUUGGUGAUGGUGGUAUGUGGGAAUGACCUUGGGAGACGAGCUACUGGAACUGUCAGAUAAAAGGCAGCUUAGUCCCCAGAAGGAAUGGGGGGUGGCAAAAGUCUCAAAAGGGACCCUCCCUAGUAUCUUGAGCCAUAAAGGGGGAAGGGGGAGAAACGGGCUUUCAGACUUGCAAAAUUGUGUGAAUGUAACCUAACUAUAGCAAAGUAGAAUUAGUUCAUCUGGCUGGUACCU